UGCUUCACGAAAGAGCGAUCGAGGAUUGAGAUUGUUCUGUUGAUUUUAAUGAUGGGUUAUGCUGUGCAAAGGUUUGUAAGUUACAUAGAUCCGAAUUUAAUCUGUGGCAUUUGUGCAAACGUUUUACAAGACGCUGUUAUAACGCCGUGCGGUCAUAGUUUUUGUCAACAGUGUUUAGAAACGUGGCUGGAUAGCUCAGAAACGGAUACUUGUCCAACUUGUCGUGCGACAACGCUAGUUUUUGACCUUAUUCCUGUGUUGGCCAUUCGCGGAAUAGUUGGAAACCUUCACACGAGUUGCGACAACGUCGAAAAUGGUUGUAAAAUGGUCAUGAGAUUGGAGAGCGUCGCGAGUCAUUCGCGUGAAUGCGAAUUCGCGUUAGUGAAAUGUCACGGUUGUGGCGAACAAGUAAAAAGGUUCCAAGUGCCCGAACAUCACGAGAACUGUAAAAGUGUCAAGAAUCUGGCGAAAGGGGACAAGAAAUCGCGGAUUUCUAUGGUGGAAGAACUCACAAAGACCGUGGCGUCGUUGGAAGCGGAUUUAAAGCGGACAAAAAAGGCAUUAAAAAUCUCUCAAGAUGAAGUUCGAACUGUUGAACGGGAGUUACGUGAAAUGAGAAAUGAAUUCAACUUACGAGAGGGCGAACAGGGUGCGUUUGAUUCGGACUGGGACCCAGAUUAUAAUUACGGCUACUCUCCUCAGAGUAUAUCAUUAUUAGCUCGAUUAAUCUCAAGGCAUUUGCUAGAAAAGCCGUUUUAUGUUGAUAGAAAUCGUAUCUUCACUGCUACGAAACGUUGCUAUGAUUUUUACUAUAACUACCCAGGUUAUACACAAGACGUGCAUAUGCUGGUAGCGACUUGUUUUGCGUCCAAUUGGUUUAGCGAACAACAGAGGAAACAUUUUGAUCGCUGGCUGGGGAAUGUCGUGAGACCUCGAUGCGAACGUUGAAGUGGAUGAUAAUUCCACAUUAUCAAAACAGAAGCUAAUAUCGUUUUAAGUGGGCAGAAAUCACGGCGUUUCUUUGUCUCAUCGCACCGGAAAGAUAUAAAUUACUUGUUAAUAGCCAUUGUUAUGGUAAUUUAGUUUCAGCGAAUUAACAUCUAUAUCAAAUUGGGAUAUGACAAGCUACAAAUAAAUUUAAUUGUAUAUAUAACUCGUAGUCAUACAUAGCAUGAAUUAUACAACUUUAGAUUUCUUCUGUACACUGUCUCUAAUUAUUCAUAAUUGCGCGAAGCAACACAAUAUUCUUGACACUGACUGAUGUUGUUCC